GUUGAACAGCUGAUGGUUGUGAUGAUGAUCGGAGGUUUAUUGGUCUCGUGCUGGUUCUGGUUCCGUUCAGUCAGACGCGUGUGGUGAAUCCGUUAUUCAGAUCGGAAUCAAAUCACGGAUGUCGCGAUGGGAUCUGAACAUCACGAUCACGACUGUCUCCGAGGCCGGUGUCUGGGCAUCCUCAGACGGAUGGAGAUUGACGUGCGGUUCCGUUAUUUUUUCCAGCACCCCUGGUCCCGUCUGGUCGUGGCGUAUCUGGUCACCUUCUUCAAUUUCCUGAUGUUUGCGGAGGAUCCCAUCUCUCACAGCCAGACGGAAGCGCACAUGAUCGUGGUGGGGAACUGCUUCUCAUUCGUGGUGAAUAAAUAUCCCGGUGGAGGAUGGAACGUCCUGAAAGUCCUGAUGUGGAUUCUGGCCAUCAUCACGGGCCUCUUCGCCGGGAAGUUCCUGUUUCAUCGACGCUUGUUUGGUCGUCUGUUGCGUCUGAAGAUGUUUCGUGAGGAUCACGGCUCGUGGAUGACGAUGUUCUUCAGCACGAUUCUCUCCCUGUUUAUCUUCUCUCACAUAUAUAACCUUCUACUGCUCAUGAACGGACGGAUGGGACCGUAUAUGGUGACGGAGUACAUGGGAAUCAGAAAUGAGAGUUUUAUGAAGUUGGCCGCUGUAGGAACAUGGAUGGGCGACUUCGUGACGGCAUGGAUGGUAACAGACAUGAUGCUGCAGGACACACAUUACCCGGACUGGGGCAGGACCGCGAGGCACUUAUGGAGGAAGGGCAAUAACAGAAUAAUGCUCUUCUGGACAGUGUUGGUCUCUCUGACGUCUGUGGUGGUUCUGGUCAUCAGUACUGACUGGAUCAGGUGGGAUAAUCUGAACCGCGGGUUUCUGCCCAGCGACGAGGUUUCUAGAGCGUUCCUCGCGUCCUUCAUCCUGGUCUUUGACCUCCUCAUCGUCAUGCAGGAUUGGGAGUUUCCACACUUCAUGGGCGAUAAGGACAUGAAUCUACCGGGUCUUUCCACCACGCAACUGAAGUUCAAACUGCCUGUGUGCAAACGCAUCUUUAAAGACGAGUAUCACAUCCACAUCACGGGGAAAUGGUUUAAUUAUGGCGUCAUCUUUCUGGUUCUCAUCUUGGACCUGAACAUGUGGAAGAAUCAGAUCUUCUAUAAGCCGUAUGAAUAUGGUCAGUACGUUGGUCCAGGAGAGAAGAUCUACACCGUUGAGCAUCCAGAGACACUGCAAGACUUCAACCGAAGCACGCUGACCUGGGCUUGGCGGUCCACUAGCAUCGACCCCCUCACCAACCAGACUUAUGUCCAGCGAGACAUGUUCCUACACAGCCGUUACGUGGGCUCCAGUCUGGACGUCAAAUGCCUGGCAUUCGUCCCGAGUCUAGCGGCCUUCGUGCUCUGCGGAUUCUUCAUCUGGCUGUUUGGCCGGUUUCAUGACAGCGAGACGUUCCCCGAGAACCAAGACAAGAGUUACGAGCGCAUCAAGCGAAAGUCGCCGUCUGAUCUGGGAGUGACGCCAGAGGAGGUGCACAUCACCAUGAGUGAGGCGCUGAAGAGAAGCGGAACACCGAUGUUGCUCUUAGUGGACGCGCAUCAUUUUGGUUCAACGAACAACUCCAUGUCACCGUGUUCAAGUGAGACCCAGGAGACACAUCCCAGCAUAGCCGUCGACAGUGAUGUCCCCGGUGAUACUGCUGAUGUCAAAAAACUGACCCCAUGACCUUAGCCGAAAGUCAAAUUGAGUUCAAGAAGUAAUUGUUGGAAAACUAGCUUUGAAAGCACCCAAGAGCUAUCAUGGAAACUACAGUGAAAAUUCUGUUUGUAUUUUCUAUAUUUUUAUAAGAAACAUUUUAAAGACUUCUUAUGGCAUGAACGUUUGAACUGAACUUGUUCAAUGUUCCUCAAAUCGUUCCUCUAUAAGGCUCUAUGGUGCUGAAUGAUUCAUUUAUUUUGUGUCUUUUGUAUGUAGAUAUUCUGGUGCCUACAUGGAUGAAUACUGUAAGUACACACUGAGUGCAUGGCAUGAUGGUUAUGAACAUGUUACUCUUAAUUAUAAGUAGGGUUAAUGGUUACCAAAGCGCUUUACACUGUGUGCCAUUCGCACACACACACACCAAUGGCGGCAGAGCUGCAUGCAAGGCGCUAGUCUGCCAUUGGGAGCAACUUGGGGUUCAGUGUCUUGCCCAAGGACACUUCGGCAUGUGGAGUCAUGUGGGCUGGGAAUCAAAGCGCCAACCCAGUGAUUAGCAGCCGACCCGCUCUACCACCUGCGCCACAGCUGCCACUGUAAUGUCCAUUUUACUUACAUAUAAAUUAAACUCUCUCUUAGCUAAUGCUGUCAAUUAUACAGGGGACCGUUUCAUUUGGUACAUAAUGGUAAUAUUGGCACAUAAUGGUAAUAUUGGUACAUAAUGGUAAUAUUGGCACAUUAUGGUAAUAUUGGAACAUUGUGGUAACAAUGGAACAUAAUGGUAAUAUUGGAACAUUAUGGUAAUAUUGGUACAUAAUGGUAAUAUUGGAACAUUAUGGUAAUAUUGGCACAUAAUGGUAAUAAUGGUAAUAUUGGAACAUUAUGGUAAUAUUGACACUUAAUGGUAAUAUUGGUACAUUAUGGUAAUAUUGGCACAUAAUGGUAAUAUUGGAACAUUAUGGUAAUAUUGGAACAUAAUGGUAAUAUUGGUACAUAAUGGUAAUAUUGGAACAUUAUGGUAAUAUUGACACUUAAUGGUAAUAUUGGCACAAUAUGGUAAUAUUGGUACAUAAUGCUAAUAUUGGUACAUUAUGGUAAUAUUGGCACAUAAUGGUAAUAUUGGCACAUUAUGGUAAUAUUGGCACAUAAUGGUAAUAAUGGUACAUAAUGGUAAUAUUGGAACAUUAUGGUAAUAUUGGUACAUAAUGGUAAUAUUGGAACAUUAUGGUAAUAUUGGCACAUAAUGGUAAUAAUGGUACAUAAUGGUAAUAUUGGUACAUUAUGGUAAUAUUGGUACAUAAUGGUAAUAUUGGAACAUAACGGUAAUAUUGGUACAUAAUGGUAAUAUUGGAACAUUAUGGUAAUAUUGACACUUAAUGGUAAUAUUGGCACAAUAUGGUAAUAUUGGUACAUAAUGCUAAUAUUGGUACAUUAUGGUAAUAUUGGCACAAUAUGGUAAUAUUGGUACAUAAUGCUAAUAUUGGAACAUAAUGGUAAUAUUGGUACAUAAUGCUAAUAUUGGAACAUUAUGGUAAUAUUGACACUUAAUGGUAAUAUUGGCACAAUAUGGUAAUAUUGGCACAUAAUGGUAAUAUUGGUACAUUAUGGUAAUAUUGGCACAAUAUGGUAAUAUUGGUACAUAAUGCUAAUAUUGGAACAUUAUGGUAAUAUUGGAACAUAAUGGUAAUAUUGGUACAUAAUGGUAAUAUUGGUACAUAAUGGUAAUAUUGGAACAUUAUGGUAAUAUUGACACUUAAUGGUAAUAUUGGCACAAUAUGGUAAUAUUGGCACAUAAUGGUAAUAUUGGUACAUUAUGGUAAUAUUGGCACAAUAUGGUAAUAUUGGUACAUAAUGCUAAUAUUGGAACAUUAUGGUAAUAUUGACACUUAAUGGUAAUAUUGGCACAAUAUGGUAAUAUUGGCACAUAAUGGUAAUAUUGGUACAUUAUGGUAAUAUUGGCACAAUAUGGUAAUAUUGGUACAUAAUGCUAAUAUUGGAACAUUAUGGUAAUAUUGGAACAUAAUGGUAAUAUUGGUACAUAAUGGUAAUAUUGGUACAUAAUGGUAAUAUUGGAACAUUAUGGUAAUAUUGACACUUAAUGGUAAUAUUGGCACAAUAUGGUAAUAUUGGUACAUAAUGCUAAUAUUGGUACAUAAUGCUAAUAUUGGAACAUUAUGGUAAUAUUGGAACAUUAUGGUAAUAUUGGAACAUAAUGGUAAUAUUGGUACAUAAUGGCAAUAUUGGUACAUAAUGGUAAUAUUGGUACAUUAUGUUAAAGGUUGAUCUUGGGAUUUUAAGAAUCAAUUAAUCGUAAAAAAAAAAAAAAUGUUAUUUUUAAAAAAUGGAUGUUUGUACCCAGCCCCGAUUAUAAGCAAUAAUGCUGUGCCUUUAAUAGAAAACGACUUAAUGGGUCAUAGGUUUGAAUUAUCUUUCCAAGCAAAGGAUGUCAUAUCUGUUCAGAUAUUUAUCAGUUCACAGUAUUUAAAGAUUUAUUAUUAUGACUUGCAUUGCAUCUAGUAAUAUGUGUAAAACUGUAAUUAUGAAUCAACUUAAAGAGCUGUUCACCAAACUGCUGUGCAAUCGAGUGUGUGUUCACAUGCACGUGUUGGAAAAUAUCAGAUUUUACUGGUGCAAGAUUCAUUUGUAAUAUGAAUAAAAUGGUUUCAAACACCAUUUUAUUACAAGCGUUUCAGUUCAAACCAAAAGCGUGAUUUGAAAAUGCUCACCGAUGAUUAUUUUGUUGUUUGUAGUACUGUUGUCUUGAAGUUUUCAUCACAGUCUGUGUCGGUUUCCCUGCGUCUUCUGCUGUUGAGUGGAUGACACCUCUUCCAAUGUUGGGUUAGUGAAUAUCAGACAUAUUUGUGUUAUCA